AUGGCUUCCAAAGACGACGCCAAGACCUCCUCAUCAGCCGGCUUGCAUUCCUCUGUGGAGGAGAGAAGGAGAAGUGCCCUGGACCAUCUUCCGCCCCCCGCGAACGCCAACAAGCCGCUCACACCCUUCAGUAUAGAGGACAUCCUCAGCAAACCGGCCGUGCGGCGCACUUACUCUGUGUGCGGGGCGAGCCACCUCCUGCCCCAGCCUGACAAGCACCCAGCCCCCGGGCUGCCCCUCGCCAGCCGGCCCGCCCUGCUCGCCCACCCCUCGCCCCUGUGUGCCCUGGAGGAGCUGGCCAGCAAAACUUUUAAGGGGCUGGAAGUGAGCGUUCUUCAGGCGGCAGAAGGCAGAGACGGCUUGACUAUCUUCGGCCAGCGACAGACUCCCAAGAAAAGAAGGAAAUCCAGGACCGCUUUCACCAACCACCAGAUCUACGAGUUGGAGAAGCGAUUCCUGUACCAGAAAUACCUGUCUCCAGCCGAUCGUGACCAGAUAGCCCAACAACUGGGCCUGACGAACGCCCAGGUCAUCACCUGGUUUCAGAACCGCAGAGCCAAGCUCAAACGAGACCUGGAGGAGAUGAAGGCAGACGUGGAGUCGGCGCGUAAAUUGGAGCCCACUCAGUUGGAUAAAAUCGCUCAACUGUCUGAGGAUCUUGAACAGUGUGUGUCUGAGGCCGACUCCAAGUCCCCGGCUUUGGGUUCGCCUCCCCUGCCCGCCGCCCCCUCACCGGCCCGGCCUCAUAGCCACCAGCAGUCCUCAGCAGAGGAGGAGGAAGAUGAUGAAGAGGAGAUAGAUGUGGAUGACUGA